AUGCCCCCUUCAGCCCUGCUUCGGCUUGCACAUUUGGACAUAGUGUAUCCUAUGUUAUUUGAACUGAGAAAUCCUUCUGCUGAAAGAGUUACUCACUGUGGAGUCCUAGAAUUUACUGCUGAUGAGGGGAUCAUAUAUAUGCCAGAAUGGAUGAUGAAAAAUAUGAAACUACAAGAGCGAAACACUGUGAUUCUGAAAAACACCCACGUUCCAAGAGCAACUUAUGCGAAGCUGCAGCCUCACACCAAGGACUUUUUGGACAUCUCCGAUCCAAAAUCCAUCUUAGAGAUUUCACUGAGGAGCUACUCUUGUUUAACAACCGGUGACACUAUAAUGAUUCCUUACAACAACAAGAAAUAUUACAUUGACAUAGUGGAAACUAAACCCUCUCAUGCAGUCAGUAUAAUUGAAACAGACUGUGAAGUUGAUUUUGCUCAACCUCUUGAUUAUAAAGAACCUGAGAAACUGUUGCCAUCUGCUUCAUCUGACAAGGGAUGCACUGAAGUUCAUGAUGAUUCAGCAACUAAGACUGCCCGGAUCAUUCCAUUCACUGGUUUUGGAAGACGUUUGGAUGGCGAACCUUGUACACCAUCAGUUGAAGAAACUUCUUCAAUGCUAAAGCAGCUAGAGAUUGAAAAUGAAACCAAGAAUUGCAAUUCUAAAAUAUCAAGUACUGCUUCACGUAGAGCUUCUGGAAAGCUUGUGUUUCGGUCAAAUGCAAAUGCAAAUGCAUCCAAGAUUCAGACACCCCCAAAGGGUUCCCUGAAAAGCACAACUCAAGAGUCUUCUAAGGAGGAAGAACCAAAGUUUAAAGCUUUCGCGGGAAAGAAGUAUUCCUUAAAUAAUUGAUGUUUGUUUUGUUUUUUUAUAUAAAAAAACAAUUAGUGCAGCUAUGCAGACCUUUUGGUGGAAGGGUACAUCUUGUGCUCUUUUCCACUUCAUCAUCAAAUAUCGUUUUGCAUUUUCAAAAAGA